UCUACCUCUCCUCAAACAUAACAACAGCUUACAACCCCAAACCUCUCUCUCUCUCUCUCUCGUCGCCGCUAAAAAAUCUAAUAAGGCGGCGUUUACCACUAAACUAAACCCGAAAAAGAAAAAGAAAAAGAAAAAACAAGGAAUGGCUGCCUUGCCUUUACCUUCCAUCUCUUACUCUUUCCUGGUGAUCAUUGUUGAUAUAGCUUGAGAAAAGGAAAGGGGGCGUUUGGUUUGGUUUUGGCAUUAGUAAUAAUGAGAAUGGAGGGGGAGGGGGAGGAGGCUGCAACAGAAGCACCAGGGCAGCUAAAAAGGGCGUUAAUAGAUGCAACUGCCGGUGCUAUUGCUGGUGGUAUUUCGCGUACCGUUACAUCUCCUCUUGAUGUCAUCAAAAUCAGAUUCCAGGUUCAACUGGAGCCGACAUAUUCAUGGGAUUUGGUUCGCAGGAAUAUGACUGCACCGUCAAAGUACACAGGAAUGUUGCAAGCUACAAAGGAUAUAUUUAGAGAGGAAGGUUUACCCGGCUUUUGGCGUGGCAAUGUUCCAGCUUUGCUCAUGGUUAUGCCAUACACCGCCAUACAAUUUGCGGUGUUGCACAAAUUAAAAACAUUUGCUGCUGGUUCUUCUAAGACAGAGGAUCAUAUCCAUUUGAGUCCUUACCUCUCCUACAUCAGCGGAGCAUUAGCAGGGUGCACAGCUACAGUUGGAUCAUACCCAUUUGAUCUUCUAAGAACCAUAUUAGCAUCACAGGGUGAACCUAAGGUGUAUCCAACAAUGAGGUCAGCAUUUGUUGAUAUUACCAGAACACGUGGCUUCAGAGGAUUAUAUGCUGGAUUAUCUCCAACACUGGUUGAGAUUGUUCCUUAUGCUGGCCUUCAGUUUGGCACCUAUGAUACAUUUAAGCGCUGGACCAUGGGUUGGAACCAUGAUAGAUCAUCUACCACAAGCUUCAUAAGUACAGAUGAUAGCCUUUCCAGCUUUCAGCUUUUUGUCUGUGGGUUAGCGGCUGGCACUUGUGCCAAACUUGUCUGUCAUCCUCUUGAUGUGGUCAAGAAAAGGUUUCAGAUCGAAGGAUUACAGAGGCACCCAAGGUAUGGUGCUCGAGUUGAGCAUCAUGCUUACAAAAACAUGUUUGAUGCUCUUAGCCGAAUUUUGCAGAUGGAGGGCUGGGCUGGUCUUUAUAAAGGCAUCGUCCCAUCAACUGUCAAGGCUGCACCAGCUGGUGCUGUUACAUUUUUAGCUUAUGAAUUUACAUCGGACUGGCUGGAGUCAAUUUCAACUUGAAUUUAACAUAAUAUUCUUUCCUGUUUCUUUUUACGGCCGUCCCAUUCUUUUUGCUUGAAUCUACCUCCAAUGAAGGUGGUGGUGAUAUUCUGAUUAGUCAUUCUUAUAGUCUGGAUUUAUGCUUGUAGAGUAAAACGACAGUAAAAUUAGAUUUUGAGUGCACAGUCAAUUUUUGUAGCGGCUUCAGAAUUGUUUAAUAUCACUGGAAAUCAUCGGACUGUUAUUAGAUCUCUAAAUUUGUUCA